UCGUUUGUUCUUCCUUUUUUUCUGUUCACUUUUCUAGAAAAGUCAACUACGUAUGUUCGUCCCUGAAACAUUCAACCAUAAGAUCUCCAAAAUUUACCUUGCGACUAAAUACUAGGAAUUCUUCUCGUCCAACUUGAUUUUCCUUGGCAGAAAGUUCAGAAAGUAAAAUUGCAAAAUGGGUUCAAUACCACCAGGAUCAGCCGCUCCCUCAAAAGCAGCCCUCCUCCGCAAAAAUGCAACAGCAGCCGUGGAGUCCUACAACUCUUGGAACAUCGAAACAAUCCUAGCCCCCCGCCACGAGACAGCAACCCACGAAAUCCUGCCCAAAUCCCUCAACCGACCCAUAAUGAACAACAACACCUACCGCUCCUACUUUAGCGCCAUCAUGCCCUACUUCUGGAAUUUCACCGUCACAAUAAACGACCUCCUCGUCGACGCCGAGCAGAACAAAGUCGUCGUCUGGGCGCGGAGUACCGCGAUGACGGAGAUAGGGGAGUAUGCUAAUGAGUACAUGUUGAUGUUUUUCUUUGAUGAGAGGGGUGAGAAAAUUGUGAGGAGUUUGGAGUUUGUGGAUAGUAAGGUGACGGGGCCGUAUAUGGAAGAGUUGGGGAGGUUUAUUAGGGAGAAGAAGGGGAGUGAUGGGUUUGAGAGAAGGUAUGGGAAUUAAUGGUUUGGCUGAGAGAGAGAUCGGGGAGAGAAUAGAUGCGAGGGGAAGGGAUAGCAUGGAGUUCGAAUGGAGUAGAUGUUUGCACAGAAAGUGAAUUGAGU